AUGGACCCGAGAGACACUGCCCCUGAUUCCUGGGAACAAGAGGACGAUGUGGAGGCCACGAUCGACGGACAACUUGAAUCAGCAUUCACAACGCUAAAUGUGAACGCUAAGCCGUUUGUGCCCAAUGUAAACGCCGCCGAGUUUGUUCCGGCUUUUGGCCUGAAAGCACACCCGGGAAACGUCGACUCUGCCGUUGCUGUUGAAAAGACGUCCACCAUGGAGAUGUCAGAAAGUUCUGCGCCCGUGGAGAACGGUGAUGCAGAAAUGACCACAGAGGAGCCAUGGGACCAGAAAGAAGUAGAACCCAGCGAGGAAGAGCCAGGAGGCGGCGUGUGCGUGGACCGGGGGCCAGAAGGGCCAGACGAGACUGCUCCAGAGAUGAUGGAGGAGGAAGAGGAAGUGCUCGUGCCCAAGGUUCCACCCACGCAGCCGGAUGCCCCCAAAAAGGAACACAUCAAUGUGGUGUUCAUUGGACAUGUAGAUGCUGGCAAGUCGACCAUUGGAGGACAAAUCAUGUAUCUGACUGGCAUGGUAGACAAGAGGACCUUAGAGAAAUAUGAAAGAGAAGCCAAGGAAAAGAACCGGGAAACCUGGUACCUGUCUUGGGCUUUGGACACCAACCAGGAGGAGAGGGACAAAGGCAAGACAGUGGAGGUUGGCCGAGCAUACUUUGAGACAGACAAGAAGCACUUUACCAUCUUAGAUGCUCCAGGUCACAAGAGCUUUGUGCCCAAUAUGAUCGGAGGCGCAUCACAAGCAGACCUGGCUGUGCUGGUGAUAUCUGCCAGGAAAGGUGAAUUUGAAACCGGCUUUGAGAAAGGUGGACAGACACGGGAGCAUGCCAUGUUGGCCAAAACAGCCGGUGUCAAGCACCUGAUAGUUCUGGUGAAUAAAAUGGAUGAUCCAACAGUUAACUGGAGCCUGGAAAGGUACGAAGAGUGUAAGGAGAAACUGGUGCCAUUUUUGAAGAAAGUGGGCUUUAAUCCAAAGAAAGAUAUCCACUUCAUGCCGUGCUCCGGGCUGACAGGAGCCAACCUGAAGGAGCCCACCAACAUGUGCUCGUGGUAUACAGGUCUACCUUUUAUUCCACACUUGGACAGUUUGCCAAAUUUUAACAGAUCAAGUGAUGGUCCAGUAAGAUUGCCGAUCGUAGACAAAUACAAGGACAUGGGCACUGUGAUUCUGGGCAAACUGGAGUCUGGCUCCAUCAGUAAAGCACAGCAGCUGGUCAUGAUGCCAAACAGGCAUGUGGUGGAAGUGUUGAGUCUGCUCUCUGAUGACGUGGAGACGGAUGACGCAGGGCCCGGUGAAAAUCUCAAGCUGCGACUGAAAGGCAUAGAGGAGGAGGAGAUCCUGCCGGGCUUCAUUCUGUGUAAUGCCGAGAACCUGUGUCACUCAGGGCGCACGUUUGACGCGCAGAUUGUCAUCAUUGAACACAAAUCCAUCAUCUGUCCAGGUUACAAUGCAGUCCUUCACAUUCACACCUGCAUCGAAGAAGUGCAAAUUACGGCCUUAAUCUGUCUGGUAGACAAGAAGACAGGAGAGAAGAGCAAGACACGACCACGGUUUGUGAAACAGGACCAGGUGUGCAUCGCCCGUCUGCGCACAGCAGGGACCAUCUGCCUCGAGACAUUUAAAGACUUCCCUCAGAUGGGACGGUUUACCUUACGGGAUGAAGGGAAGACCAUCGCGAUCGGAAAAGUGCUGAAGCUGGUGGCUGAGCGGGACUGAAGAUUGACGGCGAGUCUAAGAGUCUGAGUGAGGAGGAGCAGGCGGAGCUUGGUCUUAACCCGCCCACACUGUUAUGAGUGGUGACAGCGCCUCCCUGCACGCCCCCUUUCUGCGUGCUGAAGAUCAGCUUCAGAAAAAUAAACUCAUGUGAAAAAGAAACAUGUUUUUAAGCAAAUGACAAACCAAGAUGAUGUCCACACGAGUCGGCUUUCUCAUAUUGAGAGCUCAGCUAUGCCAUUCUGGGUUAGCCCUCCCUCCACCUCUCCCCACCUUCUUACUCUGGUCUGCUUAUCAUACAUAAUUUUUUUUUCCCCCCCUCAACUUUUUUUCUUGUUUUCAUAAAUGACAAAUGGCAGAAUUUAUAUCUGAAAACAGAUGUGGACCAGGAUUCUGCUUGGAGUGUAAAAUGAUUUUCACAGUAACUUGCAAAGGAAAUUGAAAGAACUAAACAGUUGAAACCAAAUGUUGAUCUUGGGUGUACAUGUUUCCCUCUGAUUUUACCCAGUUUUUGGUUUCUCAUGUGGCGUUCUGGCAGUGUGCUUGAGCGUGUUCAAAUGUUAUUAAAGCAAACAAGUAUGACAAUAAAACCAUAAAUUGGGGAAAACAAA